AUGACGGAGAGAACAGGACGAGAAACAGAUAAUCAAAUGAACAGUAUCAAUGAAUAUUCUGAAGAGAUAAAUGAUGGCCAGGAGGCAGCGGACUAUUCAAUAGAUGAUUACACAAAUAGCACUAUCUACAGCAAGAACUACAGCCACCCGCACAGCACAGAGUACGCCUUCUCCAAUGAAUACAGCAGACAGAGCGAUCUAUGGACUGAGCCCCCAGAGAGAUACGAGGAGUACGAACAUUCUAACCCAGCGAGCGCCCAGUGGCAGUGGGACGAGAGACACGAAGAGCACAUGCACCAGUGGCCAAAAAAAGAGAAGAAAGGAAAAAAAGAAGAGCAGAGCGCAAGAAAAAAAAGCAAAUUUCGAGUGUGCACUAACUGCGGAACAACCACCACGCCUGCCUGGCGCAGAAGCACGAGCAAUAAGAUACUCCUGUGCAACGCCUGCGGGCUGUACCAGAGGCUCCACGGAAGCGACAGACCAUUCAGCGUAACACCAGAGGGAAAAACAAAAGCCAUUAAGAAUAAUAUUGAGAAGGGAGUGUGCAGGGGAUGCGGCGUGUCCCAGACACCGCUGUGGAAGAGAGGACACAAUAACGAAUGGCUGUGCAGCUCGUGUGGCUUGCUGUAUACAAAGAGAAGCAGAGGAGAAGAGUACAGACAGGAGUGGCCAGAGUAUGCGCAGGACACAGCGUGGAAGUACAACAGCGAAUACCAGGAGUACUCUGACUGGCCAAAGGAGAGAGAGAGCAGUGUACAAUACGCAUACGAUGAAAAGGAUUCAGAAGAGAGCUACUUUGGCAAUGACAGGUUUAGAGAAUAUUCAGGAUACUACAGUCAGGAGAAACAAUAA